CUCCAGAGCCACAGGAGGCGGUUGCUGGCUGCCGUCGGAGGAGGAGGAGGAUGGAGAAGGGGGGCUUUCGGCGCCUGGGGCGGCUCUUCCAUUCACAGCAGCCCCGCAGGAGCGAGUCCGAGGAGUCGGAGGCGGACUCCCUGCCCUCUCCGGGGCCCUCGCCUUCCCUCCAGAGGGAGCACCGCCGCCAUAGCAGCCCCCCGGACCCAGCAGCGCCCCCUGCAGGGCAGGGGAAGAAGAAGAAGCGCCACGCUUUCGGGCCCUGGAGACUCAGGAGGAGGAGGAAGGAGGAGGAAGGGGACCGAGGGGAUGGCACACAGCCCCCCUCGCCCUCCUUCUCCUACUCCUCCUCCCAGUCUUCCAGUCCUGCCAACAGAUACUUUGACAUGCCUGAUACACAGUUUGCUGCUCAAACGAAUCAGCUGCCACUAGUCCCUUCACAAAAUUCACAAUUUGCUUAUGCUAUUCCAAUGGUUUCCAUAACUUCAUCUACACUUCCAGCAUCAUUUAGAAAGUCCAAAACCCGCUCUUCAGAAUCCUCUAAGGAAGAAAACAAAAAGAAACCAGUUUUGGGGAAGUUUGGAAAUUUUUUUACAACUGGGAGAAGAAAACAUCCGAAAAACACAUUAGAAGCUUCUUUAAGGCCAAGUGUUACAAGUGCAGACUCUACAUCUCACAAGAAUUUAGCUCCAUUGGCAUCGCUAGAUAUUGAGGACUUAAAAGAUCUGUCCAAAAGUGAAGAGUCUCUUAUUGACCAGUCUUAUGAUCCAAACUUGUCAAGGAUACAGAAUAGUGUUCAAGACCCAGAUGAGUAUCUCUACAAUAAGGACCUGACACCUUUGUAUAAUGACAUUGUUUCAGAAUGGAACACUAAAGGAAUUUCAUCUGACAGCGAAUGGUCACCUGAAUGGCACAGUAGUAAUGAGACAAUAAAAAAUACGUUAUUCGAUAGCAAUCUUACACUCCAGACACUGGAAGGAGAGAACAAUCUUGUAACUGAUACAACAAAUACUACAACUCCAGACUUCUUUAAAAGUUUAACUAAUAUAUCCAGUGAAGACCUAGAACACAACAUAUUAGACCACAAGCAAUUAGUGGAUGUGCAUCCAUUUGUGGAACCAGAUUAUGCACCAUCAAAAGAUCAGUCCCCUGUUUUGGAAUCAAAGCCAGCUGAGCGCAUUUGCCCUUCUCGAGUGUUGACAGUAGAUAUCUUUCUUCAUAAGACUGAACAACCAAAUUCAAAUGAAACAGAGACUGCUACAUUAGAUGACAACUGUAGUAGCACAGUCAUAAUGGAUAAAAAACCUGCAGUAAGGAGGUCUGGAAAGAGGAGAAAAUCUCAGUCUUCCAGUGAUAUACCAAAUGGAGAUAAAAGUGUCACUGAGAAUAGUAUAAAAGAAGAAUCUGUUUUUGAUAGUAUUUCUUCAGCUUUGGUGUCAGAAAAAAUAAACAGUUCUGAAAGAAAAGCUAAGACUUCUCCGCAGAGUAAUUCUCCCACAGCUAAUCAUGACGUAAGGGCUGGAAGUAAUCAGAAGGGAUUUAAUAAAACAGAGUUAGAAAAAAGCAAACAGCAGACCUCAGCUUCAUCUCCAUAUAGGAGAAAAUCCUUUAAAAAAAAUCAGUCUGAGGCAGGUCCUCUUUCACCCACAGGUCUGAAGAGUCAUGGCAAAGAUUCUUCCACCAAAAAACAAAAUGGAGGUGUAACAGAUGGUAACUCAACAUCAAAAAACACUACAGUAGAGAAAUCAUCUCCCAAUGAAAGCCCUGUGGAGACUCCUAAAGUUUCUUCCAUGGGGCCUACAGGCAAUAGCACUCUGCUACUUUCGGAAGAGAAGACAGGCUCAAAGAUCACUCAUUUUUUCAACAGCACUGAUGGCAGUGUUUUGUUGCAGACUGAUAAGCGUAAAAAUGGUCAGAUAGGAACAACACAUGAAAAACAAGCUUCCUCUGAUUGGGACAGUGCAAAACAGAGAAAUACAACCUUCGAUGUUUCCAGAACAGUCACAACAAAAGUUAGUCUACCAGCUAAACCAAAAAGUAUUGAGUUAAACCUUAAAACAUCCAAAAGCCUGGAAGAUUUGGGAAGUGACCAAGACUUGAUAGACAAAGCAGUCAAAAUUAAUUUCAAUAUUGCCAAUAAAAUAUCUAUGUUUGAAAACAAACAUUCAAAUCAAAAUCAAUCUACUGAAGCCUCUGCUUCAAAAAAAGGUUCUGUAUCAAAUACAUUUGUUGGUAGAGCAAAACUCAAGUUUGGGAAACAGCACACUGAAAAUGAACAGAUUAACAGAGUGGCAAACAAGGCAAACGGCCGUCAGAAAGCUUUGCAAAAUGGCACAAAAUUGAAAGAAAUUACAUCAGAUACAAAAAUCAAGUCAGAGGGAAGGACCCAGUCAAGUAUGAUAACAAAUGAGGAAACUGGAAAAAUGGCUGAAUCUGAAUUUAAUCAAAAUGGUAAUGUAGAUGGUCUUACACCUAAAAAAUUGGAGGCAGAAUUAACAAAGGAGAAUCUGCAGCCCACAAGUGAAGUUAAAUCUAUAGAACAGAGUGAAGAAGCUGAAACUCUCCAAAAUAAUAGCACAAAUGUAAAAGCUAGAGCCAACUCUCCUGAAUGUGAAGAGGAACAUUCCUGGAAAACAAACCUAUGUUUCACAAGUAAAAAUGAAAAAAGUUUAUUGGAAUCUGACCUACCAUCUAGAAAGUCAGAAUCAGAGCAAAAUGUGAUUUCUCAAACUGAAGAUAAAAAAAUGACAAAUACUGUUUUAGAAAAUAUACAGAUAUUUGAGCAAAAUAGCAAUGGACAACAAAGUCCAAGUAGUGGUUGCAGUGUUCCUAAAUCUUGCAAUGAAGAAACCAUUUGUGAGUCCCCAUCAGAUAUGGCAAAGUUUACAGAAACACUUAAAAAUCUAGAUAGCUCUAUUUGUAUACCCCAGAAAAAGAAAAAGCCCAAGGUUCCAAAAUCUCCAGCACCUCACUUUGCUAUGCCUCCAAUUCAUGAAGACAAUUUAGAGAAAAUAUUUGACCCAAAUGUAUUCACUGUUGGCUUGGGAAUAAAGAGAGAUAAACCACAAGAUCUAGCCCCAUCCCUACAGCUGAAAUUGCAAAGUUUAGAAACUGAGGCUAGAGUCAGACCCAAACGUGCCUCUACUGAAAACAGCAUCAUCCUCCAGUCCCUAAAAUUAUCCAGCAGAGUUGAUCCUGUCCUUUCCCAAGAAAUGAAUGGGAAGGAGAAUAAGGAUAGUACAGAUGGAGAUAUUAAGCGAUCUCGACUUGAGAACAGUGCCAUCUUCUCAAGCCUACUGACACCUGCCACUAAAGAAAAAGUGUUUAUACCCUCUGUAACCUCUAUAAACACAAUCACAACAUCAUUUGCAUCCCAGAAGAGUGUGGAUUCCUUGGGAAUAUCUCCUCUAAUAUUUGAUACAGCUCAGCAAUCAGAGACUCUUUCAGAUUUCAGGUCUGCAAACUAUAUGGAGAAAUACUUACAAACUGAUGAUGCAAAAAAAGAGAGAAUUUUACAAAUACCAAACUUUGGAAACCUUGACACCAGUUUUUCCAGCUGGUUGAAACCUGGCCAAUAUGAAACAAAUAGUUUUCUAGAUAUUGAGAUAUUUUCAGGAAACAACCAAAAUAAAAUUAAUCCUAGGCCUGGAAAGAUCAUGAUUUUCAAUAAGCCAGACCCUUCAGAAAGCACCAUUGAGGUUUUUCAUGAUGUUGUGGAUUGCACCUCUUGGGUACUCUCACCUGUGAUUUUCAUUAAAAUCAUUCGAGGAUGUUGGAUUCUGUAUGAGAAACCAAACUUUGAAGGGCUUUCUAUUCCUCUCGAGGAAGGAGAACUGGAACUCACAUACCUUUGGGGUGAGGAACUAUCUGACAACAAAGAUAGAUGCAAAACUCAUGAACCUGCAGUGAUUGGUUCAAUCAGGCAUGUAAUAAAGGAUUAUAGAUUAUGCCGAAUUGACAUGUUUACAGAACCAGACGGUUUAGGUGUUGUGAGUUCAUAUUUUGAUGACACAGAAGAAACACGAUUUGGUUCUGCUCAGAAGACUUGUUCAAUCCAAGUGCAUUGGGGCAUAUGGCUACUUUAUGAAGAACCUGGUUUCUUGGGAAUUCCUUUAAUGUUGGAACCUGGAGAAUAUCCUAAUCUAUCAUUUUGGGAAAAGAAGGAAGCAUAUAUUAGGUCCUUGAGGCCCUUAAAAAUGGGUGGACGUAAAGUUGAAUGUCCUGAAAGCCCAAAGGUAAUCAUUUAUGAGAAGCCAUUCUUUGAAGGAGAUCACAUAGAACUUGAUUCAGAAAUAUUAGCUCUGGCUGAAGAAGGAAAUCAAAAGGAUGAAUCAGCAGAGUUGGGGAAAGGACUGUUAACAUCAAUAGGAUCAAUCAAAGUGAAAAGAGGAGUAUGGGUUGCAUAUGAGAAGUCUGAGUUUUCAGGACACCAAUAUUUACUGGAAGAAGGAGAAUAUCAGGAAUGGAUGGACUGGGGUGGUUAUGAUGAGCAGGUGCAGUCACUGCGGCCUGUUCUUGGGGGUUUUGCACAGCCUCACAUGAUCAUGUACACUGAAAAAGAGUUUGGGACUAAAGGUUCCAAUAUCAACGUGUUAGGAAUUAUUUCCAAUUUGAAGGAUACUGGCUAUGGGUUAAGGACACAAUCGAUCAAUGUGCUAAGUGGAGUGUGGGUGGCUUAUGAAAAUCCUGACUUUACGGGAGAACAGUACAUCCUUGAAAAAGGAAUGUAUUCCAACUAUGAGGCCUGGGGAGCCAAGGGUUCUAAAAUAUCUUCAGUUCAACCCAUAACUUUGGAUAUCACCAGUGACCCUUCAGGGAAAUUUAAGGUCCAGUUAUUUUCAGAGCCAGAGUUCCAGGGUAACAGUCAAAUAUUUGCGAAAGACAUUUCUCAACUUGAAAAGGCAUUUCCCGUUAAGUCUUCAAAAGUAUUAUCUGGCAGCUGGAUUGCAUAUGAUAAGGAAGACUUCUCUGGUAAUCAGUUUGUAUUAGAAGAAGGAGCCUAUCCUGAUCUCUCUGCAAUGGGUUGCCUACCCCAAUCAGUCUUGAAGUCUAUACAAGUUGUAAAUAUUGAACUUUCUGAGCCAGUGAUAGCUCUCUUUGAAAAGGAAAACUUCAAGGGAAGGAAAUUGGAAUUUACUACAGAAGUUGUAAAUCUUCACUUCCUUGGCUACAAUCCUCAUGUAGCUUCAGUAGAAGUCCAUGGUGGCAUAUGGAUUAUCUAUGAACACAAUAAUUAUAGAGGCCGUCAGAUAUUAUUAGCACCUAAAAAAAUACCAAACUGGUGUGGGUCCAGUGGCUACAAGAAAAUAGGAUCUCUACGACCUCUAUUGCAGAAAAGAGUCUACUUCAGACUUAAAAACAGAGGAAAUGGAAAAUGUAUGUCAACUGAUGGCAACCUAGAUGACUUGAAUCUUCUGAGGAUACAAGCUGUAGAAAAUACUAAAACUGAUGAGCAAAUCUGGAUUUAUCAAGAUGGAUUCAUCAAAUGUAGGGUGGCAGAAGACUUCUGUUUGACAAUUGUAGGAAAUCUGAUCACUCCUGGUGCAAAACUGGGCUUGGCACUUCAACAGAAUGAGGAAAAGCAAAACUGGAGUAUUGAUCCAGAUGGCAGGAUCUACAGCAAGAUGAAACCACACUUAGUAUUAGAUAUUAAAGGAGGAAAACACUAUGAUCAAAACCAUCUCAUCGUCAGUUCAGCCAGUGAAGACAAACCAACGCAGUACUGGGAACCACUGAUCAUCUAAAAAGAGAGUUAUAAUUCAGAAUUACAAGACUGAGAGCAACAUCCAUUCAGAACGGUGCACGAAGAGUGGCAAAGAAUAUGGUGUUAGUGCAGUGCUCCUUUAGUGUGACUUUGAGAGACAGCAAUAGAGUUUAACACACCUGCACAGGAAUGAGGCCCUCAGUAUGCCUUCACUCUCACAUGACUCCCAACUGCACAAGACAGGGAAGCAAAGCUACAUUUGCCAGUCCUGAUCCAUUUGUCAUACACCUUUCACCUACUCACAUCACACAUGUAACUACUAUACAUGUUUGUGGUUUCAAACUCCCCAUACAAUUUGCAGCUCUUAAAUUUGAUGUAAAGCCAGGAUGCUUCUAACAGGAUCCCACUUCUAUUUUUCAUACUCAGAGCAUAUGGAGGGAGUGAUAGUUCAUGCACAAAGCCUGGCUCUCCUCCCUCAUGGAAGUUGAACCGUUUGAAGGUGAAUAGUUCUGUCAGUCUUCUAUUUAUGUGUGUAUAUUAUGGUGACUAGGCCUCCCUCUAAAGUUCUCUUCAUUCCUCAGUACAAAGUUUAAAAUACAUCACCAUUAAUUUACAUCUAUGAUAAAUUACUAAUUCAGAAUACAUGUUAGUGUUCAGUUUUAAAUUAUUUCCAAACAACAGUUUUAAUAUCCUUCUGCUCUAAACUCCAUGUUGAAACUAUUUACUCUUUUUGCACUGGUACAUUUUUUUUUACUGAAAAACUCACCUCAGGUAUUCUAUUUGUAUGCAAACUAACAAACUGUUUACUCAUAAAAUUAUCCAGAAUAUACCACGUGAUUAUAAAAAGGGAAAGUACUGCAUUGUGACUAAAUGUAAUAGUAGGGUAAGUAAAUGUAUUAAAGCCUAUGAUAUUUUGUCAUCAAAAUCAAACAAUAAACAUGUAAGCAAACAAAAGUUGCUACCAACUGAAAGUUCAGAUGUUAAGCAGAACGUAUUACAUAUCUGCUCAGCUGCCUCCCCUUAUACGGCUUACAAGCAUUGUCUUUUAAAUGCCAAAUGUUUUCAUUUUCAUUGUUCAUGUUUUUAAAUUUAAAUGCUGUAUUUUAAAACUGGCUUAAAUAGGGAACUGUAGUGCUCUACUUGAGAGGUUGGAUCCACUGGUUGCUUCUCAACUUUCUUUGCUCAGAACUGUAGUCUCAGAUGAAACUUGCUAUCUGCAUUUGCACAUAAAUUGUACACUUCUGCUUUUGUCCUGAAUUAACUCAGUAUUAGGUUAUUCUGUAGCAUCUGCAUACAUCAAUUUCAUUAAGGUUCAAUUUUUCCUUGGCUUUAUAUCCUUCUAUACUUACAUUCAUGGUGCAGCUCUAUUCCAUGAACAUACAUCAUCGCUGUAUUUGGAAGGCCUGUGAUCCUCCCAAGGGUUUUAUGCUACAAUAAUAUAACUAUUGUUGCUGGCAUGUAAAGCCAAAUUUAACACCCAAGUACUUCCUAUGAACUGCAAGCUGGGAAAAGCCAAUAGUCUCAGCUGUCACAAGCUAUAAACUGGAUGUGUGAUUGUAGCUUUUGAAAUCUACAGGGUCUAAAGCAAAAUGUAAGAUUCUAGUAAAAACAAACAUACAAAAAAUCCUCCACGCUACACUCAGUAGUGGAGAAGGUAACCAAGUAAAUCACUGACACUAAACAUGUGCUAUUUGACCAUCUCAGCUAAACUACAGCCUUUUCUGAGAAAAGGCUAGAAAUAUAAGGUAUUAGGAUAGCUUCUGCAGUAUUUCUGUUGCAUUUUUUUCAGUGUGAAAUCACUCUGUUAACUACUCUUACCUUGUUUUAAUUUUCUAGUUAAGCACAUAUUGAUAGUUAUUACUUGCAGUCUUAGAGCGCUCAGUCUGGUGUCAUGGAAAUGUUAGGCUUUUCUGUUUUCCUGUUUUGCCAUUGUUUAUUAGGAAAUUAGUACCCUCCACAUAAAUGUUUGUCUACCCUUUACAACUUCAGUCUGCUGUACAAAUUAUUGCAGUAGUCAAUGUUUCACUACAGUGUCUUUUUCUGGUUCUUUUAAAGAAAAUGCUGUUUAUUCCUUUGAAAACAUUUUUGGUUUUAAGGUGUAGUGCCCAAGCAGUUGUAUAAACAUGUAUUUUACAAAUAAAUAUUACUUGGAUGAA